AUGAGCAGUGCUGCCUACGGGGGACUGCGGUUUAUGCAGGUAUUUCAGCCAACGAUGAAGACGUCAUUGCUCGAAUUAGACCCAUACGGGGACACGAUACUCGUAUUGCAAUGCCCGAAUAUACAGAGGGGAGAAGAAAUACCAAGGAAACUGCGGGGCAAGAAAAUAAGAGACGCUGUUCUCAUCCCUACUGACGAACCGGAGCCCGUUGCGAAAAAGCUAGGCAAGAAAAAAAAGUCGGAGAAGAAGAAGAUAAAGUUGGAGAAGAAGAAGAAGAAAAGAGAGCAGAGGGUUGCUCUCAUCCAUGCUGUUGGGCCUGAGGCUGCUGCUGAGCCCGAACUUGCUGCUGAACCUGAAGCUGCUCCUGAACUCGAAGCUGCUGCUGAGCUCGAACCUGCCAUCGAAACUGAACCUGCUAUCGAAACCGAACUUGCUAUCGAAACCGAACCUGCCAUCGAAACCGAACCUGCUAUCGAAACCGAACCUAUCAUCGAACCUGAACCUGCUAUCGAAACUGAACCUGCUAUCGAAACUGAACCUGCUAUCGAAACCGAACUUGCUAUCGAAACCGAACCUGCCAUCGAACCCGAACCUGCCAUCGAACCCGAACCUGCCAUCGAACCCGAACCUGCCAUCGAACCCGAACCUGCCCUUGAGCCUGAACCUGCCCUUGAGCCUGAAAAUGAUGGAGAACCUGUUCGACCUGAGCCUGCUGUUGGCAAUGAACCUGCAGAUGAGAGCGAACUCACAGCGAGACCUGGAGGUGACAUCCUAGAGAUCGUUGCAGAGCCUGAGCCUGAGCCUGACGCCAUGGUCGAACCAAGCGCAGACAUAGUGACGGAUAUAUGUGCUCUGCGAGAGCUUAAUCCCUGGGAUCAGUUCGGAGAACCUACGGAAAUUCGAUUACGAGUGUCUUCAGCUCACUUACGUCUUGUUUCGCCUGUAUUUCGAUUAAUGUUCCGGGGCCCAUUUCAAAAACCGACGAUCCGUCGAGAUGGAUGCUACGAGAUUAGAGCAUCUGAGUGGGACGUCGAGGCCCUUCUUGUCGUUUUAGACAUUAUACAUGGCCACAACCGACAUGUGCCGAGGAACGUCAGCCUAGAGUUGCUGGCGAAGAUUACGACUAUUGUGGAUUAUUAUGACUGUCAAGAGUCAGUAGACCCAUAUAUCGACAUUUGGGUCCCGCGAUUGAAAUUUGACUUGCCUAGCUCUUAUGGUGAGACAGUCCCAGUCUGGCUUUGCAUUUCAUGGGUGUUUCGACAACCGGGAAUUCUCGAGAGAAUGGUAGAGCUGGCCGUGAUGCAACUUCAGGACCCGCUGGUGAUGACAGGGCUUCCCCUUCCCCAAGCGAUAAUAGGUACGUAA